AUGGGGCACAACGGCAGCUGGAUCUCCAGGAACGCCAGCGAGCCGCGCAACGCGUCCGGCGCCGAGGCUGGGGGCGCCAACCGCAGCGCGCUCGGGGAGUUGGGCGAGGUGCAGCUGUACCGCCAGUUCACCACCACCGUGCAGGUCGUCAUCUUCAUAGGCUCUCUGCUCGGAAACUUCAUGGUGUUAUGGUCAACUUGCCGCACAACCGUGUUCAAAUCUGUCACCAACAGGUUCAUUAAAAACCUGGCCUGCUCUGGGAUUUGUGCCAGCCUGGUGUGUGUGCCUUUUGACAUCAUCCUUAGCACUAGUCCUCACUGUUGCUGGUGGAUCUACACCAUGCUCUUCUGCAAGGUCGUCAAAUUUUUGCACAAAGUCUUCUGCUCCGUGACUAUCCUCAGCUUCCCUGCCAUUGCCUUGGACAGGUACUACUCAGUUCUUUAUCCGCUGGAGAGAAAGAUAUCUGACGCCAAGUCCCGUGAACUGGUGAUGUACAUCUGGGCCCAUGCCGUGGUGGCCAGCAUUCCUGUGUUCGCAGUGACCAAUGUGGCCGACAUCUAUGCCAUGUCCACCUGCACUGAAGUCUGGAGCAACUCGUUGGGCCACCUGGUCUACGUGCUGAUCUAUAACAUCACUACCGUCAUCGUGCCUGUGGCUGUGGUCUUCCUCUUCUUGAUACUGAUCCGACGGGCCCUGAGUGCUAGCCAGAAGAAGAAGGUCAUCAUAGCAGCUCUCCGGACCCCGCAGAACACCAUCUCUAUCCCCUAUGCCUCCCAGCGGGAGGCAGAGCUGCACGCCACCCUGCUCUCCAUGGUGAUGGUCUUCAUCUUAUGCAGUGUGCCCUACGCCACCCUGGUUGUCUACCAGACUGUGCUCAACGUCCCCGACACGUCUGUCUUCUUGCUGCUCACUGCCAUUUGGCUGCCCAAAGUCUCUCUGCUGGCGAACCCUGUGCUCUUUCUUACUGUGAACAAAUCCGUCCGCAAGUGCUUGGUAGGCACGUUGAUACAGCUGCAUCACCGGUACAGUCGCCGUAAUGUGGUGGGCGCAGCGGGUGGGGUGGCUGACGCCAGCCUGGAGCCCAGCCUGCGUUCGGGCAGCCAGCUCCUGGAGAUGUUCCACAUUGGGCAGCAGCAGAUCUUUAAGCCCACGGAGGACGAGGAAGAGAGUGAAGCCAAGUACACUGGCUCAGCCGACCUCCAGGCCAAGGAGAUACUUAGCACCUGCCUGGAGGGAGAGGGGGAUCCCCAGUUUGCGCCUCCUAGGCCGCUCCUGUGCGCGGCGGACUCUUUAUCCCAGGUGGCGCCAGCGGCCCCCGCGGAACCUGAAACAUUGCCCGACAAGUAUUCUCUGCAAUUUGGCUUUGGGCCUUUCGAGUUGCCUCCCCAGUGGCUCUCGGAGACCCGAAACAGCAAGAAGCGGCUGCUUCCCCCCUUGGGUAACACCCCAGAGGAGCUUAUUCAGACAAAGAUGCCCAAGGUAGGCAGGGUGGAGCGGAAGAUGAGCAGAAACAAUAAAGUGAGCAUUUUCCCGAAGGUGGAUUCCUAG